AUGAGGCUCGAUUGUCGGCACGGUAUCUCCUAUUGGAGGUCCUUGUUAUCCUACCUACCUUUUGCAUUGCUCUUUGGGUAUCACCCGGACAUGGAUUCAGCAAAAGUCAGGGUGGGUAGCUUUGGUUAUUUCUUCUCUUUUUCGCGUGAUAGAUUCCUGUUGCUAUCUGGCUACGAUAUCCAACCCAACCUCGACGAAACUCAACAUCAUAUGGGCUGUCUGCAACUCGACUGGAUUGUCGCCAUUGACUGUGGCAUAAACGAAACUUUGAAGCAAAGGUCCGGAAAAGAGGUUCAUCGGCGCUUGUUCUCUUUAGUCAAACUCGCCACUCUAGUAGCAGUGAAUCUAAGCAUUAUCGGUGCAACAAAGAGCUCCAACGGUGUCCACGCUGGUCCAACAAAUUCACUGUCCAAGGUCGGGGUGGUUAUAAUCCUAGUUGCUUGGGCCGGCCUAGUCUUUUUACUAUUUUUGAUUGGAAUGCGCUACCGUCAAAUCGAAAAUAGGGAACAUAGACUAGUCCUUUUGUGGGACUGUCAGCUCCUCUUCUAUUCAUUCGCAAUGUCUACUCGCUCUUGGCGGCUUUCUCGGAUGAAAUCGAAAUUCAACAUGAUCACCACGCAAAUCCCACUAUUUUGUUGGUCAUGGCGGAGGACAUUACUAUCGUUGGGAUUUGCCUAG